AUGCUUUCAGGCCGAUACCCAACAUGGCAGAAUGCAAGACUCAAGACGAUAGCCAGCAUUGUCUUCUGUAUCGUGGCUCUUGUGCUUGUCUAUGAAGAGAGGGCUGUACUCGAUCCACGCAAGGCAAACGUGGUUUCGGUGCUACCAUCCAUUCCGAGCUUCAUCUGGCACGUCUUUCUUCACAAAAGAGAGAUAGAUCCAAAACUUCAAACAGCAAUUCAUUCCUGGGCCGAGCUCAAUCCAGAACAUGAGUAUCAUCUCGUCGACACGGUCGGCGCAACUGAUAUCCUCUUUGACCUUUACAAAACACGUCCGGAUGUCGUCCACACUUUCCAGAGCCUUGAGUCAACCGUGAUGCGAGCAGACUUCCUCCGCUACGUCCUGCUGGCUCGCUAUGGCGGCGUCUACACCGACGUCGACACCGAGGCGAUCAUCCCAAUCAACCACUGGAUUCCAGAAGCCUACAAGAACUUCACUCGCGUUGUCAUCGGCAUAGAGUACGAUCAACUCGAAGAAGAACGUCACGUCACCAUGCCACAUUCCCUAUCUCUAUGUCAAUGGACAAUCGCAGCAACAGCUAACCAUCCACUGCUAUGGUAUGCCGUCGAAGAAACCAUGUACCAGAUCCACAGUCUCGCAGACAGCUAUCAAACAGACGUUGAACACUUACGCCCCACGGACAAAGAAGUCAUCGUCACUACCGGACCAGGUCUUUGGACUGCGAGCGUCAUCAAGCACCUUCGAAAUAAGGGUUAUCACAACAUCACUUAUGCGGAUUUUAGUGGGCUGAAGGAGCCGAAGCUCAUUGAUGAUAUCUUGAUCCUGCCUAUUGAUGCUUUUGGAACGGGGCAGCCGCAUAGUGGCUCGAAUAAGGAGGGGUCUCCGGAUGCUUUGGCAAGACACUUGUUCAGUAUGAGUUGGAGACAUGGUUGUACACCGGGAGAUUCGGCUCCAUGUUGGGAUUGA